GCGGGCUGUGGGGCCGUUGCCGCAGUGACAGUGCUGGGGGAGUCCGAAGAUGGCGGCGUCGCGUCGCUCUCAGCAUCAUCACCACCAUCAUCAACAGCAGCUCCAGCCCGCCCCGGGGGCUUCGGCGCCGCCGCCACCUCCUCCCCCACCACUCAGCCCGGGCCUGGCCCCGGGGACCACCCCAGCCUCUCCCACGGCGGGCGGCCUGGCCCCCUUCGCCUCCCCGCGGCACGGCCUAGCGCUGCCAGAGGGGGAUGGCAGUCGGGAUCCGCCCGACAGGCCCCGAUCCCCGGACCCGGUGGACAGUACCAGCUGUUGCAGUACCACCAGCACAAUCUGUACCGUCGCCACCGCUCCCGUGGUACCGGGGGUUUCCGCUUCAUCUGCCGUCGGGGUUCCUCCCAACCCGGCCGGCGGUGGCAGCAAUAAUUCACCGUCGUCCUCUUCUUCCCCAACUUCUUCCUCCUCUUCCUCUCCGUCGUCCCCGGGAUCGAGCUUGGCGGACAGCCCCGAGGCGGCGGGAGUUAGCCCCGCAGCCGCACUGGGGCCGGGGUCCGCGGGGCCGGGUCCCGGGGUCCCGGCCGUGAGCGGGGCCCUCCGGGAGCUGCUGGAGGCCUGCCGCAAUGGGGACGUGUCCCGGGUGAAGCGGCUGGUGGACGCGGCCAACGUGAACGCCAAGGACAUGGCCGGCCGGAAAUCGUCUCCCCUGCACUUCGCCGCAGGUUUUGGAAGGAAGGAUGUCGUAGAACAUUUGCUCCAGAUGGGCGCUAAUGUCCAUGCUCGUGAUGAUGGAGGUCUCAUCCCACUUCAUAAUGCCUGUUCUUUUGGCCAUGCGGAGGUUGUGAGUCUGUUAUUGUGCCAAGGAGCCGAUCCAAAUGCCAGGGAUAACUGGAACUAUACCCCUCUGCAUGAAGCUGCUAUUAAAGGGAAAAUCGAUGUAUGCAUUGUGCUGCUGCAGCACGGAGCAGAUCCAAACAUUCGGAACACUGAUGGGAAAUCAGCCCUGGACCUGGCAGAUCCUUCAGCAAAAGCUGUUCUUACAGGUGAAUACAAGAAAGACGAACUCCUAGAAGCUGCUAGGAGCGGUAAUGAAGAAAAACUAAUGGCUUUACUGACUCCUCUCAAUGUGAAUUGCCAUGCAAGUGAUGGACGAAAGUCGACGCCCUUACAUCUUGCCGCAGGCUACAACAGAGUUCGGAUAGUUCAGCUGCUGCUUCAGCACGGUGCUGAUGUUCAUGCAAAAGACAAAGGUGGACUUGUGCCUCUUCAUAAUGCAUGUUCAUAUGGACAUUAUGAAGUCACAGAACUGCUACUAAAGCAUGGGGCCUGUGUUAAUGCCAUGGAUCUCUGGCAGUUCACUCCUCUGCAUGAGGCUGCUUCCAAGAAUCGUGUAGAAGUCUGCUCUCUGUUGCUUAGCCAUGGUGCUGAUCCUACACUGGUCAAUUGCCAUGGGAAAAGUGCUGUGGAUAUGGCGCCAACUCCUGAGCUCCGGGAGAGAUUGACUUAUGAAUUUAAAGGUCAUUCUUUACUGCAAGCAGCCAGAGAAGCAGACCUAGCCAAAGUUAAAAAAACACUUGCCUUGGAAAUCAUUAAUUUCAAACAACCACAGUCUCAUGAAACUGCACUGCACUGUGCUGUGGCCUCCCUGCAUCCCAAACGAAAGCAAGUGACAGAAUUGUUACUUAGAAAAGGAGCAAAUGUUAAUGAAAAAAAUAAAGAUUUCAUGACUCCACUGCAUGUUGCGGCAGAAAGAGCUCACAAUGAUGUCAUGGAAGUUCUGCAUAAGCACGGAGCAAAGAUGAAUGCGCUGGACACUCUUGGUCAGACUGCUUUGCAUAGAGCUGCCCUCGCAGGUCACCUGCAGACCUGCCGCCUCCUGCUGAGUUAUGGCUCUGACCCCUCCAUCAUCUCCUUACAAGGCUUUACUGCAGCGCAGAUGGGAAACGAAGCAGUGCAGCAGAUCCUGAGUGAAAGUACACCUAUGCGUACUUCUGAUGUUGACUAUCGACUCUUAGAGGCAUCUAAAGCUGGAGACUUGGAAACUGUGAAGCAACUUUGCAGCCCUCAAAAUGUGAAUUGCCGAGAUUUAGAGGGUCGGCAUUCUACACCCUUACACUUUGCGGCAGGCUAUAAUCGUGUGUCUGUUGUGGAGUACCUUCUACACCACGGUGCCGACGUCCAUGCCAAAGACAAAGGUGGCCUGGUGCCCCUUCAUAAUGCUUGUUCAUAUGGACACUAUGAAGUAGCUGAGCUUUUAGUAAGGCAUGGGGCUUCUGUCAAUGUGGCGGACUUAUGGAAAUUUACCCCUCUCCAUGAAGCAGCAGCUAAAGGAAAAUAUGAAAUCUGCAAGCUCCUUUUAAAACAUGGAGCAGAUCCAACUAAAAAGAACAGAGAUGGAAAUACACCUUUAGAUUUGGUUAAAGAAGGAGACACGGAUAUUCAGGACUUACUGAGAGGAGAUGCUGCCUUGUUGGAUGCUGCCAAGAAGGGCUGCCUGGCAAGAGUGCAAAAGCUCUGCACCCCAGAGAAUAUCAACUGCAGGGACACCCAGGGUAGAAACUCAACCCCUCUGCACCUGGCAGCCGGCUACAAUAACCUGGAAGUAGCAGAAUAUCUUCUAGAGCAUGGAGCAGAUGUUAAUGCCCAAGACAAAGGUGGCUUAAUUCCUCUUCAUAAUGCAGCAUCCUAUGGGCAUGUGGACAUAGCAGCAUUAUUGAUAAAAUACAACACAUGUGUAAAUGCAACAGAUAAGUGGGCUUUUACUCCUCUUCAUGAAGCAGCCCAAAAAGGAAGGACCCAGUUAUGUGCCCUCCUCCUAGCACAUGGAGCAGAUCCAACUAUGAAGAACCAAGAAGGUCAGACACCUUUAGAUUUGGCAACAGCUGAUGAUAUCAGAGCUUUGCUGAUAGAUGCCAUGCCCCCAGAGGCCUUACCUACCUGUUUUAAACCUCAGGCCACCGUAGUGAGUGCCUCUCUCAUCUCACCAGCAUCCACCCCCUCCUGCCUGUCCGCUGCCAGCAGCAUAGAUAACCUCACUGUCCCUUUAGCGGAAUUGGCAGUAGGAGGGGCAUCCAACACGGGGGAUGGUGCAGCAGGCACAGAAAGGAAGGAAGGAGAAGUUGCGGGUCUUGACAUGAAUAUCAGCCAAUUUCUAAAAAGCCUUGGUCUUGAACACCUUCGGGACAUCUUUGAAACAGAACAGAUUACCCUAGAUGUAUUGGCUGAUAUGGGUCAUGAAGAGUUGAAAGAAAUAGGCAUCAAUGCAUAUGGACACCGCCAUAAACUAAUCAAAGGAGUAGAAAGACUCUUAGGUGGACAACAAGGCACCAACCCUUAUUUGACUUUUCACUGUGUUAAUCAGGGAACUAUUUUGCUGGAUCUUGCUCCAGAGGAUAAGGAAUAUCAGUCAGUAGAAGAAGAGAUGCAAAGUACGAUUCGAGAACACAGAGAUGGUGGUAAUGCCGGCGGCAUCUUCAACAGAUACAAUGUCAUUCGAAUUCAAAAAGUUGUCAACAAGAAGUUGAGGGAACGAUUCUGUCACAGACAAAAGGAAGUGUCUGAAGAGAAUCACAACCAUCACAAUGAGCGCAUGUUAUUUCAUGGUUCUCCUUUCAUUAAUGCCAUUAUUCAUAAAGGAUUUGAUGAGCGACAUGCAUAUAUAGGAGGAAUGUUUGGUGCUGGGAUUUAUUUUGCUGAAAACUCCUCUAAAAGCAACCAGUAUGUUUAUGGGAUUGGAGGAGGAACAGGUUGCCCCACGCACAAAGAUCGGUCAUGUUAUAUAUGCCACAGACAAAUGCUUUUCUGUCGAGUGACCCUUGGAAAAUCCUUUCUGCAAUUCAGCACCAUGAAAAUGGCUCAUGCCCCUCCAGGACAUCACUCAGUGAUUGGGAGACCAAGUGUGAAUGGGCUGGCGUACGCCGAAUACGUCAUCUACAGAGGAGAACAGGCAUACCCCGAGUAUCUCAUCACGUACCAGAUCAUGAAGCCGGAAGCUCCUUCACAGACUGCAACCGCCGCGGAGCAGAAGACCUAGUGAAUGCCCCCUGGGAAAGCCAGAUCAGAUUGAAACCUAGGACUGGACUCGAAUGGACUGUUUCCAACAAAACCAACAUUCUAUAAAUCCCUGACAGCCUAGAAAAGCUGUUUGUCGUUACGAAGCAUUGCUAUAGUGAUGGAUAUAGUAUGAGUAACUGAUACAUACUCAACUGCUGCUGUUCCCUUUGAGGAAAUGUUUACAGGGGCGGCCUUUUAAUAUAUCUCAGGCUCACUUUCAUUGCAGUUAUCCAUUUCUAAAAUAAGAUUGCUUUGAUCUAGACUUGGAAAUGGAAAAGAAGAAAACAUAACCAGUAUGUUCCCAAAUGUUCACAAUUCACACACUACAUUUGCUUUGUUAUAUAUGGCAUUUAUAUAACAAGUACGCACACCCUGGCUCAUUCUUAGUUUUUUCUAAACAGGCGUCAUUGGCUUUUUUUUUUUUUCUUACUUUGAUCAUAAGCUGGAGCCUCUUGAUGAUGUCUUGCACAAAGUCACACUGACUAAAAUCAUUAGCAAUGCACCCUAAGCUUCUGGCUGAACAAGACUAGUCUCCACUUUUCUCACUCUGAUUUAUUUUAUAUGUGUACUGCUUAUAAACAUAAAUUGAGAUGGAAAGGGAAAACAUCAGAUUUCAGUCCUUUUAUUGAUUGGCCAGUCUUACAAGGGAAAGGCACAAACAUCAGCCUGGCUUGGAGCUCCCAAGGUGAGAAGCAGAGGGUGAGAGCCUGCUGUCUCCAGUACCAGCUUCAGAGGCCUCAGGACCUGCUGGGACCCACCGGAGCGCAGCCAGGGAAGGGGCGCUGCCAUCAAGCCUGGAGGUGAGACAACCAGGGAGGGCUGGGAAGGAGAAGCCGCUUCCUUCCGUACGGGGAGCCUGUGGUUCUGGGCUGUUGAAGCAGAAAGGGACUGCGGGGACGCCUCAGAGAAAAAAUCCUCAUUUAAUCCGCACCACCAGAAUCGUUGCUCCAGACAGCUGCCUUAUCCAAAUUCUGUCAAAAUAUUGUGCUUCAUUGGAGUCACAGAAAUAUCACUUAUUGUUUCUCUAUGUUAGAAAGCUAGGGUUUAAAUCCUAUUUAGCAGAUAAAUAGGCACAAAUGCAAGGACUUUUUUGUUUACUCAAGAUUUGGCGCUUAUUUUGAGUGAUGUUCUUCAGAUAGUUUAGAUAGGUCCCUGCACUAAAUUUUAGAGUGGUUUCUUCAAACAUCUUAUAGACAAGGAGAACAAAAACUUGAAACCAAAGCUCUUUCAGUUAUUUUCUUAAUGAAGAUGGAGAAAUACCAUACUGUUACUUCAUGAAAUUACUACUUUGUUUAGCUUGUUUAAUCAACAUUUGCUAAGUGCACAUAGACAUUUAUGAAAAAUUAGACAUUAUAGUUCUUACGCUCGCCCUUUUCACUUAACUGAACAUCGAAUGAGUGCAUUGGUUUAUUACUUUCACAUGCUGUGCACCUACUCAGCUUUGAAGCAAAGUAAUAUGUGGUAAAGAAAAGGAAAAACAGGGUGGCACAGACUUGCCAUUUCAACUUAAAGUCCUGAAAACUAAUUUGUUUUUUAAUGCAGGCUGAUUAAGCUGUGACCUCAUUUAAUUGCCUAAAGAAAAAUAAAAUAGUUACAUGCAAAAUUCCUAGAAUGGCGCUUAAAAUAUACAUUUCACUUUCUCUCUGGCUUGAGUCCAUUGCUAGAACUAGGCACUGGGCAUUAGUUUGAAUUUUCUAGCUCAAAAUUAAAUCAAGAAUUAGCCUCCGUUUUUGCUACUGAUCAAGUUUCAGUGUGUGUCUUGGCUCCUUAUUUAAUAGCCCUAGAAUUCCAUAUGGAGCUUUGAAGUUCGAUAUUCAUUAAGAGGGCUUUCUCCCCCUGCCCCCUUUUCCUUCUGUUUUUCUGUGUAACAGUGGGUUGGUGAAAUUGGCAUCCGUGUAGUUUUCAGUAGCUGUGAAAGUGUAUAUUACCUCCCCACUUAGACAUAGUUUAAAAUGGUAAACACAGCUGUGAUCUUUAGUUAAGUAAAAGGGUUAAUAUGGUAUAGAUAUCGAAAGCUUUAUAGCUUUGAAAAAAAGGCCAUUACCCGACUGUGGUUGUAUGUCGUUUCCAUCAUGCUAACUGGAUUAAUGGAUGUGCCAGUUUUAAACUUCAGCCUUACACUUAAGAAGUUAAACUGUGGUUCAGUAUUUAAACUGCCGAUGUUAUGUAUCGUCUGUUCCGUGUGCCAAGUAAAGGUACCAUGUAAGGGAGACAUUUGCAGUGCUUCUUGUCUUGUAAUGAUUCAAGUAUAUAGUAGUUCUUGGAAGAAGGUGUACAUAUUAUUCAUCUGCUAAAGAGAAUGGGUUCAUUAACAUCUCACAGGAACCAAAUACAUGUCUUCACAACUUGAAAACCAAAGGUCAUCAUGAGUGAACUCAAAUUAGCAAAAGUCAGUUACAUUUGGGCUUCCCAUCUAGAACUGUGAAAACCCUCUGGGAUGUAAAAGCAUGGCGUUGAACUAGGCUGAAGUCCACUUAGGUUCUUGUAUACGUACCUGCUCUACAGAAACACUAGCAAGCUGAGGACUUCCAGCAUGGCCUCCCCUGAACUGGCCGCUCUGUUACGCAAACAAUGAGAGGGAGAAUCUGGACACCAUCAGCUCUGUUGCAGUGCUGACGGUACGAGGCAUGGCCAGCCUGGAUGCUGGAGGCAGACAGGUUAAGUGCUCUGGACUGGACUCUUUCUCCCUCUGCUUGGCCUCCCCUUUUCCCCAGGCUGCUCGUCUGGAAUUAUAGAUAGCGCCAGCAGUUACCUUUGACUCCACUCAUUUUCUUCCUGUCUUCAUUUUGAAUCUUGCAAAAGGAGACUGUACCUUUCUGUCUCCAUAUCACACCCAGACCCAGGUGUUCGGCCUGCUACUUCGUUAAACAAAUGACAGUAUGGAACCCAGAGUUUUAAUUCUAUGCCUGCAAAAUAACAGCAGUACAACCAGGAUUUUUACUGACCUUUUCCUACUUGGAAUGUAGAGUUUCUAGCUUUUCAAUAACAUAAAUAGAAUAAACAUCAUUGGGAUGUUUCCAUGAAACAGCGUCCUCGUGUUCAUUUGAGCUUGAUGUUGGAGGCUAGACUAAUUUCUCCUUGCUCUCAGUGCAUUGAUAAGACACUGAGAAAUGCCUGAAUGUGGCAAAUAGAGUAACACCGAUUAAUAUUCUAUUAUUACAGCCUUUAUACAAAAACAAACAAAACUUGGCGUACUCUGGAAGAACAGCGUGAGAAUGCAGUGAGCUGCCUGGGUUUUUCUGUUUCAUACAUCUCCCAAUUGCACAAUGGUUUUAUUGGAUGUCACGCACCUUCUUUUUAAACAUGUGCACUCUCUAGAUUUCUGUAAACUCUUUGAAACAGGAAUGGUGUGUAUUUUAAGCACCUUUUCCCAGUGUGUCCAGACCCCAUUUGUAUGAUAAUCUGUGAUAAACUGCCUUCUUACCAAAAAUGCCCAUGGCGUGACAGUUUUCUUUUGGGCUGAUAUAUUGCAUAGUGAAAGAGAUUUUUAGUCAUUCAGGGAACACUAAAAACCGACAUUAAUACAGGGUUUCAUGUGUCAAAAAUUUAUUUCAAGACUAAAGUUAAACUUGUUUGAUGUCAAAUCAGUGACAGAGGAACGAAAAGAAAGUAAUUGUGAAGACAAUGUUUGAGCUUUGGUUGGGCACAUCUAGUGAGCAACAAGGAAAUGCAUUUUUUUAAAAACCACCCUUCAAGGUGAGGCUUCUUCAGACACUUUGUGGAUUCUGAAAUUAAUAUACAAUUAAAUAUUUCUUACGAAAGCCUUAACUAUGGCAGAAACUUUUAAACCUUUUAUAUCCUAAUAAAAAGUUGGAAUUCAUUUCUUGGUGUUUGAAAGGUGUCAGUGAGUGGCUAUGUCUCUGUGUAUCUCACACCUGUUAGGCUUAUGUGAUGAGGGUAUAUUUCAUAGGUCAUGCUCCCUUCCAUGCAGAGAGCUAAUACAAUCAGCCCAUUUCAGUUUCUUUAUGUCGGAAAUCCUCCAGUUGCCAAAUCAUCUGGUUUGGAGAAAUGUAGAAAGAUUUCAGAACUUGCUGAGUUUUGUGUAUGUGGGAAAUACAGCAACAACUCACAAAGCGAUACCCUGUAGAAUUUCAGUGUUGCACAAGCUGUUUUUCAGUCAUUUUAAAACAUAAACCAUGGUGACACGUGAAGAGCAGUAGGAAGCUAAAGAUUCCCUAUACUUUCUAAGACCAGAUAUGCUUGUGUGUGAUGGUUCUGUGCAUCCGCCAUGGGCCUGCCUCCUUUGAAACAGCAUUCACACUGGAGAGAUGGCUGCAUUUCGGCUCUAUUUUCUGUUUUACACUUUCACAUCUCCACACCCCACCCUGCUACCCAUCUUUUCCAACGGAUUUCUCAUUCUCCAGAAUUCAGAUGGUUUUGUUAUUUUUUUUAUCUGUCUGCCUAUUUCUGCAGACAACCCUGAAAGCAUUUGCAGAGAAAUGCAGUUAAACUCUGACAGUGGGGUCCCUUACACACUCCUUGCCCCUCCCAUGGUUCAGGAUAAAAAAGCUGGAAAACACAACAGUAAAAAUUAGAAAGGAACCCAAAUCUGCAAGGCUAACAGCCUAGAGCUAGAAGAUGACCUUGACUAUAUAACCCUUUUAUUCAUUAUACGAAAUAUUUAAACUCUUCAUGUGCAUAUAUGCCUGCUUCUGCUGCCAUUGUUUCAAGUUCAUCCUGUCUUUGUGAUAGUAGUGUUUGUCUUUGAUACCUACAGACUAAAAGGUACUUUUUCAACAAGGUUUCUCAAAAACAUUUACAAAACCAGCCGGGAGGAAAUCGACAAUAUUUCCCGGCGACCGCAUUUAGCGAAGUGCUUGUGUUUUCUCCUGGUGUCGUGCUCUGUGUGGUGCCAGUGGAGUCACUCUGGUUCCCUGUUGGUGUAGUUUUAUUUUGUCUGUGUGACCCACUGUGGCAAGGGUUUCGGUCCCCUCCCCUUUCUUCUCUGCAUUUGUCUAUCUGUAGGAUUGCCAGAGAGAAUACAAGACACCCAGUUAAAUUUAUAUUUCAGGUAAAUAAUUUUUUAGCUUACCUAUGUUUGGUGCGUUACUUGCCAUAUAUUUACAGUAAAAAUAUUCUUUAUUAUUUAUUUGAAAUUCAAAUUUAACUGAGCAUCCUGGUUUUUUUGCUUUGUUGUGUUUUCUUUUACUAAAUCUGGCAACCCUAUCGAUUUGGUCAUGGAAGAUGGCUUACAGCAUGUAAUUCUAGCCUUCACUUUCUUUCACGUGGAAUGGAAGACCUUUUCUCCGUCCCCCUCUACUUUCCAAAAGAGGGCAGCAAGGAGCUAACCUGCCUGCGUGGUGGGUUCCUAUUUAAGGCAUCUUUAUGAUUGUAUUUAACCUGUAAUCGUGCUUUGGCUAAAUGUCUAACUUACAGUACUUGUAAUUGUUUAAUAUUCAAUAAAAACAUUUUUCAAAUA